AUGUUGUUCAAAGUGCCUCUCCCCCCUCUCUCUCUACUCUCUCUCUCUCUCUCUCUCUCUCUCUCUCUCUCUAUCUAUCUGAAUGUGCGGGCGGUCUUCUUCUUCUUCUUCUUCUUCUUGUUGCCUCCUUCUCCUCCUUCUCCUCGUCCUUCUUCUUCUUCUUGUCGCCUCCUCCUCCUCGUCCUUCUUCUUCUUGUCCACCUCAACCAUGUCGUUAAUGUUGUCGUUGUCAUCCUCCCCUUUCUUCUUCUUCAUGUCCUUCUUCUCGUCCUCUUCUUCUUCGUCCUUCUUCUUCGUCCUCCUUUUUCUUCUUCUUCUUCUUCUUCUUUUUCUUCUUUUUCUUCUUCUUCUUCUUCUUCAUGCCUCCUUCUCCUCCUUCUCCUUCUCCUCCUCGUCCUUCUUCUUCUUCUUACAUUUACUUCUCCUCCUUGUUCUUCUUUACGUCCUGCUUCCUGUUCUCGUCUUCUUCUUCCUCCUAUUCUUUCUUUCUUUCUUUCUUUCUUUCUUUCUUUCUUUCUUUCUUCUUCUUCUUCUUCUUCUUCUUCUUCUUCUUCUUCUUUUCGCCUCCCUCCUCCUCCUUCUUCAUAUUCUCAUUAA